GACCCGCUCGUUGAGCAUUCCUAUGUUGUUGGGAGUCGCCCGGGCGGCCUGAGCUCGGUCAUUGGCAUGGUGGUCAUGGACGACGAAGACGACUUGACGUUCGAGUCGGUGCGACCUCGUAUUGAGCUCCAGCGAGACGGCAGCGUCCAGCGGUAGUCCACGCCAAUGUGGCCACCACCGAGAGAUGCGUAGGCGGCACAUCAUGUACCAAGAAGCACUUUUCCUCAUGACAUCGAGCGCCAACCCGCACCAAUGGCCGGUGAAAGCGCUGCAGACGUACUGGUUGGGGUAUUACGCCCACGAAGACGACCUUGUACCUACCGUCAUCCCGACGGCCGACGAGCAAAAGCCGCUCCGCGCCGUCCUCGACAUGAAGUCAACCAAGCUCACCGCCGACUUGAUCCUCAUUCCCCAGAGCCAGAUCGGUCCCGUGUGCAACGCGUGCUGCCAAGGCUGCGCAGAGUGUCCACCCAUCGCCCCAUGGCACCCAACGCAUUCCGAAGCUGCCAAGGAGCCAGAAACCCUUACACUGGCGGCGAGCGCGCCGCCGGCAGAGCUGUGA